AUGUCUUACAUCAGAGACGUCAUUGACCAGUACCCCGGUUACAUUGUGCUGACACAGGUUGGCUCAUUCUAUGAGUUGUAUUUUGAGCAAGCUUCUGAGAUUGCACCAUUGUUGAGGUUAACACUGACCAGAAGAGAAUUCAAAGACUAUGCUAUUCCAAUGUCUGGCUUCCCACUAGGCCAGUUGCAGAAAUACAUCUCGAUUCUCGUCCAAGAUCUCCAAAGAGGCGUGGUCAUUGUUGACCAGUUCAAGAAGGACACUGCUAUUGAUAACGACCCCCAGCAAUUCGGAAGAAAGGUCUCCAGGAUAAUAACUCCAGGAACGCUUAUAGACGAGCUCUUUCUGGACGAGCAGAGUAACAAUUUCCUCCUUGCAAUCAAGUUUCCUGAGAAGCUGUUCACGAGAGAACCCGACCCUGAUGCCCAUGUUGGGCUUUGUUGGACAGACCUCUCAGUAGGCACGCUUUAUGUACAGGAGACAAGGCUGGAUGAUCUGGUAUCCAGUGUGAACAGGUUGCACCCUGUUGAGAUUCUUGUGGAUGACGACGUACCACCGGAGCUCUUGAACACUAGCCAAUGGCAUAAAGAGUUUUCCCAUUUCCAGCAAUACCUUGUUAAGUAUGUCAAGGCAAAACGCCAUAAGACAAUUGAGGAGUAUUUCCACAUGUUUGAGCAUGGAAACUCAGCAUUGAAAAGGUCAUUCCAAGAAUUCACAGCGAAGGAGAUUGCAUCUUUGAGAUCAGUGCUCCAAUACAUUGAGAAUCAUCUACCAGAUUCGCCUAUCAGUUUGGAAAUUCCGCAGAAACAGUACCCUCAGAAUAUUCUACAUAUCGAUACAAGAACAUCAGAAGCUCUUGAAUUACAUAGAUCACUGAGGGAAAGAUUUCUCAAAGGGUCGCUUUUCUCAUCAAUCAAACGAACUGUCACCCCAGGUGGUGCAAGAUUGCUUGCACAAUGGUUAUCUGCGCCAUCAAGAGACCUGAAAGAACUGAAGAAACGACAGAAGAUCGUCCUUACUUUCGCAAAGAACUCACCAUUUAGAGCUGAUGUUAUUCUUACACUGAGCCAGAUUCAUGAUCUAAAUAGAAUCGUUCAACGUCUGUCAUUCGGGCGAGGUUCUCCAUUGGAGCUUGUGCAAUUGGCACACUCCUUACAGCUCGUUGACGUCUUGAAGGAGAAGAUUGAGGAGGAGAUGGAGUCCAGUGCACAGGCUAAAAGAUCUUUAACGCAAUUACUGGAUAACUACGUUUCGAAGUCACACCUUUCAGAGGAAAUAUUGAAAGAUCUCGAUGAAGAGGCCAUACUUCUUGAGAUGAAGGUACAAGAGGAGGAGCUGAAAAGGGAAAUCAACCCAGCAGUGGUUGAGAAGAAAGGACGCAAUCACGAUACCAGAGUGGAACUUCAGUACAUAGUACGAGAAGAAGCAUCGCCUAUUCUAAUGAGAUUACACAAGAAGCUCAGACAACUUGAAAGUGAAAAGAUUGAAUUGCAGCACUCUUUAAAUACCAGGCUUGUAGAUACCGGCAAGUUCAAAGAAGCAUCUUUGAAAGUUACACUGGGCUCUGACUAUUUGAUUCAUGUUAGGGGUGGAACAAAGAGCCCCUUCAACGAGAUUGAAUCUCUUUUGCCUAAUGCACUAGAGACCUCUCGUGGGAAACUGACGCGAUGGCUUGACAUGAAGGAGUGGAGAGUGCUAGGGCAAUCAAUUGACAGCACUAUCUUCCGAAUCAAGGCAGAGGAGCAAAAUGUCAUCAAAGAAUUGAGAAGAAAAGUGAUCUCUAAUUCCAUGGCACUCCGUCAGAUAGCGAGAACAAUGGAGUAUAUUGAUGUGCUGAGCUCUUUUGCUACGCUGACCGUUGAAAAGGAUCUCGUGUGUCCAAAGCUGGACCAGUCUCUCGAACUCGAUAUCAGAAGAGGCAGACACCUUGUUGUGGAGGAAGGGUUGAAAUUUGAUCUUAAAAACUUCACUCCAAACAGCUGUUCACUUAUUGAUUCCAAGAGCAAAUGGGUGAUAACCGGACCUAACAUGGGAGGAAAGUCAACGUUUCUGAGACAGAAUGCCAUUAUUGUCAUCAUGGCCCAAAUGGGCUGCUUCGUUCCCGCAGAGUCAGCCCGUAUUGGCCUUGUAGACAAGAUUUUCAGUAGAGUGGGAUUUGGUGAUGAUUUGUAUAACCAGAUGAGUACGUUUAUGGUUGAAAUGGUUGAGACGAACUACAUCUUACAAGGUGCCACCAAGAGAUCACUGGCGAUAUUGGAUGAGGUUGGAAGAGGUACCAGUGGGCGAGAAGGUGUUGCAUUAGCAUAUGUGACUCUGUUUCAUCUUUUGAAGGUCAAUGGCUGUCGAGUGCUAUUUGCUACACAUUUUGGCAAAGAGAUCGCUAGUCUUUUAAAGAGGGAUGGUGUUUUCGAUAACUUUGUUUUCAAGAAGACUGGUGUUGUUGAAGUCAACGGUGACGUGGUUAUCAAGCACGACCUUCAAGAUGGUAUUACAGAGAAGUCUUACGCUAUAAACGUUGCACAGUUAGCAGGAUAUUCUCCAGGUUUAGUCCAAAAGGCACACGAUGUUCUUAACUACAUGGAAAGCAAUAGCAUUCUAUAG